AUGCAAAAGCUGGUGAUGAACAAAAACUGCGAAUUAAACGCAGAAAAAAAUGCAGGUUUAGGAUUUACGUUUGAUGAAAAGGAUGGUUUUUUUGGAUCGAUAUUUAAAAACAUAACAAAAAAUGAAUAUUUCAGUGCAGGGGUUGGUAUAAUAUCUGUUGGCGCAUUUGUCACUGUUGCUAAUAGAUUAAAUAGCUAUAUGUAUAGUGCUAUAAAAAAAAAUUUAUUUACAUCACUAGAAAUAACAAUAAAUGAUACUUCCUAUUAUUGGAUACUAGAAUAUAUGGUAAAAAAGGGAAUUAUUAGUAGACAUUUAAGUUUAAAAACGCAAAUAAUAAAUGACAAAAAUUGUAAAAAUGCUAUAUUUUCAUUUCUUCCAAGUGUUGGUAAUCAUUUAUUUAUAUAUAAUAAUACAUUUAUAUUUAUUGAAAGAAGUAGAGAUAAAAAUAUGAUCUCGGAAACUAAUAGAUCAUUGCCAUUUGAAAAUAUAAAAUUAAGUACUUUUGUAUGGUCUAAAUAUAUAUUUCAAGAAUUAUUAAAAGAUGCAAAAAUAUAUAUAGAUAAAAAAGAAGAAGGAAAAACAUUAUUAUAUAAAACUUUUGGUCAUGAAUGGAGACCUUUUGGAGCACCAAAAAAUAAAAGACCUAUCAAUUCAGUUAUUUUACCUGAAAAUUUACGGGAAUAUAUAAUUAGUGAUAUACAAACUUUUCUUAAUUCAAGCAAGUGGUACAUUGAUAAAGGUAUACCAUAUCGAAGAUGCUAUUUAUUACAUGGUCCACCUGGAUGUGGAAAAAGUAGUCUAAUCAGUGCAUUAGCGGGAUAUUUUGAUUUUAAUAUUUGCACUAUAAAUGUUAAUGAUAUCUAUCUCACUGAUGAUCGAUUCAUACAUCUACUAGCCACUGUACCUCCAAAAACUAUUUUAAUUCUCGAAGACAUUGAUUUUAUUUUUCUCAACUCAGCACUAGAUAAUACUACUACUAACAAUACAACAAAUAAACCUAAUUCAGAAACAAAAUCUUCAAAUUCUAUAUUUAAUACAGACUCACAUUCUAUAAGAACAUUAGGUGUAUCAUAUAGUGGUCUUUUAAAUGCAUUAGAUGGUGUUGUAGCAACAGAAGAACGAAUCAUUUUUAUGACAACUAAUAAUAUUGAAAAACUCCCUAGUACUCUUAUUAGACCUGGAAGAGUUGAUAUGAAAAUAUUUAUUCCUUAUGCAAGCAUGUAUCAAUAUAAAAAUAUGUUUUUACGAUUUUUCCCCAAUCAUAAUGAUUUGGCUGAUAAAUUUUCUACAAUCUUUCAAAAUUUUAAUUUAAGUAUGGCUGAAAUACAAUCUUUCUUUUUAUUUUCAAAGCAUGAUCCAUAUAAGACCAUAAAAAAUGCUGAGGAUUGGGCCAAAUUAUAUGCCAAAAAAAAAGAUGACCUUUAA